AUGGCUAAUCAGUCUAUUGAAAGAAGUUUCAUUCUAUUAGGAUUUAAUGAGACGAUGAAUUUUAGAGUACCCCUCUUCUCACUCACUUUACUGUAUUAUUGUGUGAUUUUGUUUUUCAAUAUCUCUCUUGUGCUGCUCAUUGUCUUGGAUGAAAACCUGCAUGAACCUAUGUACAUUUUCCUGAGCAGCAUUUGCAUUAAUGCACUUUAUGGGUCCACAGGUUUCUACCCAAAAUUCCUUUCAGACUUACUGUCAUCUUUUCAUCGCAUCUCAUAUGAAGGAUGCUUGCUACAAGCUUUUAUCAUGUACUCGUUUGCCUCCUGUGACUUGACCAUUUUAGCUGUUAUGGCCUUUGACAGGUAUCUGGCUAUAUGUCGACCUCUGCACUACCACUCUUUCAUGACUAACAGGAGGCUCUCUCAGCUGGUGUGUUUCUCCUGGCUAACACCUUUAUGCACUUUCUCCAUCAAUAUCCUGAUAACAUCAAGAGUCAAACUAUGUGGUUUAAACAUACAGAGAGUCUUAUGUGUAAAUUGGUUAGUUGUUAAACUUGCUUGUCCUGAAGCUGACACUUUUCCAAACAACAUUAGUUCAUAUCUGACAAUUAUUUUUUAUAUAUCUCAUGGCUUUUUUAUAAUGUGGACUUACAUGCAUCUUAUUAAAACAUGUGUGAGGUCCAAAGAGGACAGGGUAAAGUUUAUGCAGACCUGUGUGCCCCACCUGAUCUCUUUGAUCACAUUUUUAGUGGUAAUGAUUUUUGAGUCGAUGUACAUGCGCUUUGGCUCCAGAGAUUUACCUCAAAGCCUCCAAAACUUCAUCACUAUUGAAUUUCUCAUCAUCCCUCCCGUUAUGAAUCCUCUCAUAUAUGGAUUUAAACUCAACAAAAUACGAAACAGAAUCUUGAGCUUAAUUUAUUUGAAAAGGAAAUGA